AUGGGGAGUGUCAGUAGCCUCAUCUCCGGCCACAGCUUCCACAGCAAGCACUGCCGGGCCUCCCAGUACAAGCUCCGCAAGUCGUCCCACCUGAAGAAGCUGAACAGGUAUUCAGAUGGGCUGCUGAGGUUUGGCUUCUCCCAGGACUCCAGCCACAACAAGUCCAGCUCCAAAGGCAACAAGAAUGAGGACUUCUUUUACAUCAAGGUCAGCCAGAAAGCCCACGGCUCCCACCGGACAGAUUACACGUCACUCUCCAGCGGGGACCUGGGCAACCAGGCAGGGGCGACUGGCAUGGACUUUGGCACACCCACUCCCCAGAAACUGAUGCCAUUUUCCAAUCAGCUGGAACUGGGCCCAGAGAAGGGCGUUAUAAGGCCAACCGCCUUCAAGCCAGUGAUCCCCCGCUCAGGCGCGAUCCUCCACUCCUCUCCGGAAAAUGGCAGCCACAUCUCCCAGCAGCUGCACCCUCCAGACAAAGCGAAGGAUCAAGAACUCAAGCCCAUGUUGUGCUCUGGAGGUUUGUCGGACUCCGGCAGGAACUCAAUGUCCAGCCUCCCCACCCACAGCACCACCAGCAGCUACCAGCUGGAUCCCCUGGUCACCCCUAUGGGGCCCAUCAGCCGUUUCGGGGGCUCGGCCCACAACAUCACCCAGUGCACCAUCAUACAAGACAGCAACAUGAUGAGCCUCAAGGCGCUGUCCUUCUCUGACAGCGGCAACAAGAUCCUCAACCCUGGAAAAGCUGCCCACCACCACCACCACGAGAAAGCCUCCUGCAUCCGGUCUCCCAUCUCCACAGAUGAGUCCACCAUCCAGGAGCUGGAGCAGAAACUGCUGGAGAGGGAAGGGGAGCUGCAGGAACUGCAGUGCAGCUUCGAGGAGAAGGAGGCCACCUCCUGCCAGGCCUAUGAAGAAAAGCAGAGGCGCUGCAAGGAAGAGCUGGAGGGGCUGAAGCAGAAGUGCAACAAGCAGCUCAAGCAAACCUCUCAGAAGAUGCAGCGGACGCAGCAGGUGCUGCACCUCCAAGUGUUCCAGCUGCAAAAGGAGAAGAAGCAGCUUCGUGAGGAGCUGGAGAAGCUCAUGAAGGAGCAAGACCUGCUGCAGACCAAGCUGCGGUCCUAUGAGAAAGAGAAGACCAGCUUUGCCCCAGCGCUGGAAGAAACUCAGUGGGAGGUGUGUCAGAAGUCUGGCGAAAUCUCCCUCCUGAAGCAGCAGUUGAAGGACUCCCAGAUGGAGCUCAAUGCCAAGACAAGCGAGAUCCUCAGCCUGAAAGCCCAGCUGAAGGACGUGAGGGGGAAGAUGGAGGGACUGGAGAUGAAAAGCCAGGACCUGGAAGACUCCCUUCGCACCAAGGCCAUGGAGCUGGAGGUGUGCGAGAACGAGCUCCAGCGCAAGAGAAAUGAGUCGGAGCUGCUGAGGGAGAAGGUGAACCUGCUGGAGCAGGAGAUUAUGGAGCUCCGGACGGAGCUGACCAUCCUCAAGGAGCAGCGGAGCGAUGGGAGGGAUGGGAUGGCCUCCGCCAGCCCGGCUGUGGGGAUGAUGGAGGAUGUCCAAGCCCUGCAGGGGGAAGUGGAUAAGCUGAAGGCGGAGCUGAAGGAGGAGAGAGACAAGAACGAGCAGAUGACUUCCGGCUUCCAGCAUGAGCGACAGAUCUGGAAGGAGGAGAAGGAGAAGGUGAUCCACUACCAGAAGCAGCUGCAGCAGAGCUACCUGCACAUGUACAAAAGGAACCAGAACAUGGAGAAGAUGCUCCAGCAACUGGCUGCAGGGGGAGACGGCAGAGAGCCCAUCGACCUGGAUAUCCAUGGCACCGAUGUCCCCUACGAGGACAUCAUAGCCACAGAGAUCUAA